AAUAUAAACAUGACUGAAAUGAUUAUGUAUUUUAAUUUACUCUUUGUGAAGGGAGCGUAAUCAACGGAAGCAUGGAGAACCUCCUACACCUUCAUCAAUUUGAUCAAAAAAAUAGAUAAACUGGUGCGCAACCGCUUAUCAUCAAUACGGAGUAUGAAUGGCCAUUCUUACGACAGAGGGCUGCAGGAAUGGUUUGCUACUAGACAAUAUCUACUGCUAGAUAAUUAGUCUUUUGUUCUAAACUCUCAUAAAACAAAGUUACAUAGAUUGUAAAAACAUAUUUUUGUUUGAAUUAAUUUAACAUUCUUUAAAAAAAAAUUAUAGAUCAAAGAUUCUUAUGCUUUUACCUCUUCAUCAAAUUAAUAGACUUUUGAAUAUUGGCAAAGUAACUAUAUAUACAGUGGGAAAUGGCCGGGAUAGAAGUGACUAAAAUCUAAAGUGAUUACAGAAAAAUAUACUAGUUUUCAUAAUAUGAUAUUAUAUAAUAAGGGUGGCAUUAGAACCUAAUGUUUGUCAAUGAUUUUGGUUGCAUGUCUCGUGUAUGGUAGAUUGGUAGGUAGAUAAUCUAUCAUCCAUUUCUUGGUCCCGAAGCAAAAAUGGCUUUUACAUUUCCAUUUUAUUUUAUCAAUAAAUUUCCCAUUUUCUACAUUAUUAUUUCCAAAUUGGAAACCAAAAAAAAAAGAACGAAGAAUCAAAAUUGGCCGACGAAGAUAGGAUAGUUCCAUUCUUGUUUGCGGGAGAUGUACGGUGUUGGUGGAUCGGGGACAGCGGGGUUGGCAGAGAUAUACGCGAUGAGAAAAAAUUAUAAGGAAAACAUGAAGAAAAAAAUUGAGGCAGCAGCAGCAGCAGCAGCAGCAAAAGAAGAUAAAUACAAUGUUGUAGAGAAGAAGAAAAUCGGGGAAAUGAAGAAACCAAAGAAAAGUCUCCAGACUAAUUCGAGGGUUUCCUCCGUAGAUAUUUAACAAUCUCUGUAGCUUUGCAUUUAACUCUUUACUGUUUUAUGAUGGGUUCAGUUUGUUCUUUCCUGUAAUUUAUUUUUCGUUAUCAAUAAUAUUUUUUUGGUUUUAAGAUUAAA